CAACCCCAGAAACCCCCUGGUAACAAGUUUCAACAGAGAGGUACUUCGAUUAUUGAAGCCGCACGUUGCUCCUCGCCCAUUUCGGUGUUCGAGAAAUAUUUGUCCAGCAUCUUCGCCAUCAACGGGGAUUACUCGGAGUCUGCCCCAGCUAUUGCCAUCGCCACCAGUCCCAGUGCAGUUACUCAUCGCCGUCGCCUCCGACAACAGUUUCGCUGCCCUCACCGUCGCCGCAAAUUCAAGUGCAACUACCAUCGCCGUCGCCUCCGACAACAGUUUCGUUGCCCUACCCAUCGCCGCCAAUUCAAGUGCAACUAACAUCG